UGGAGGGCAACUUUUCUACAGGACAGUUUGUGUGAGGAGAGCAACGACGAGACUGACCUCUGAAGACAGCAGUAAAGGGUAUGGUUUUAAAUCUCAGGUGUGCGCCGAUCGUUAGGUUUGCAUCAGGCGUUUGGUUCCUUGCUGUGCACUCUGAGGUGUCUCACAGUCUCCCAAGAGCUCAGAGCCAAAGAGCAAGCGGCUUGUGAUUGUACUCGGCUGUUUCGCAAUGGCUGGAAUAACGUCCAUCGAAGCUGUGAAGAGGAAAAUUCAGUCGCUGCAGCUGCAGGCCGACGAGGCCGAGGACCGCGCAGAGGCACUCCAGAGGGAGGUGGACGCGGAAAGACACGCCAGGGAACGGGCAGAGGCUGAGGUGGCCUCCCUGAACAGACGUAUCCAGCUGGUUGAGGAAGAGUUGGACAGAGCCCAGGAGAGGCUGGCCACCGCACUGCAGAAACUCGAGGAAGCAGAAAAAGCUGCAGAUGAGAGCGAGAGAGGAAUGAAGGUCAUAGAAAACAGAGCAACAAAAGAUGAGGAGAAGAUGGAGCUUCAGGAGAUGCAGCUGAAGGAGGCCAAACACAUUGCUGAAGAGGCUGACCGCAAAUAUGAGGAGGUGGCCCGUAAGCUGGUCAUCCUUGAGGGUGACCUGGAGCGUUCUGAAGAGCGUGCCGAGGUGGCUGAGGCUCGAGUCAGGCAGCUGGAGGAGGAGCUUAGACUCAUGGACCAGAAUUUGAAGUCCCUGAUGUGCGGGGAGGAAGAGUACUCCACAAAAGAAGACAAAUAUGAGGAGGAAAUCAAAGUCCUCACUGAAAAACUGAAAGAGGCUGAGACUCGUGCUGAGUUUGCAGAGAGGUCUGUGGCUAAACUUGAGAAGACCAUUGAUGAUUUGGAAGAGAAACUAGCCCAGGCUAAAGAGGAGAACCUAGGCAUGCACCAAGUGUUGGACCAAACUCUAAUGGAGCUGAACAAUUUAUAAAGUGCGAAUGCCUCGCAAUCAAGAGUCUUACACGGUAUAGAGCUUUCCAACGGGGCCCAAAGCACCUCCUCUCGGCCUAUGUGCACACAUCCCUCACAGGGGUAAGGUCUUAGUAGCUUCAGUCUGAUAAAUGAAGAUGUCCUGAAAUUACACUCUGCCAUUUUAUACACAUAGAUAGAAAUCCUGUAUGAUUUUUUUUCCCCAGAACUCAAGCCCAUUUUAAAAGUUUUUAUUGGUAGUAAUAGAAUCAGUAAUGUAUUCCUUAGUAUCAUUGAACUGAAAUGGUUCAGACUUGGAGUAGGUUCAUUUCACCAGCCUAAUAAAUAUAUGACCAGUUAAUAAUUCAUCUAUUUACUAACAGGUGUCGCAUUCACGGAGCUGUAUGCUCUUUCAUUUUGAAGUAAUGCUUUAACUGCUCCACUGUUUCAACCCAAAUGCUUUUAACCAUUUUAAUGUUUUCUGAAAACAAACCAGUAGAGGGACUUUUUGCCUUUUUUUUUUGGAAGUAAAUUAAUGUAAGAUUAACAUGGACUGAUUUCAUGUGUGUAAAUGAAGCACAGAAUUGUUGUCAAUAAUGUUUGUUGAUUACCACUAAAAAUCAAAGGCUUUUUGGCCUGUUUUAGGCACUUAAACUACUUAAAUAAUAAAUAAACUUCCUCAAAGUAAUCAGCACUUGAUCAUAUCUUCUGCCGGAUGAUUACUGACCAAAGGUCGGCAGAGAUGAUGCAGCUAGGUGGGCGCAAGUGCUUGUUUACAAAUGUGAAAUUGGUCUGUUGAAUUCUUCUUCUCCAAAAAAGACAGCAAUGGCCAAAGCGAUGUUAAUUCACUGUCAGUUUAUUUUCCACCUCAAAUGAAGUUGACCUCUGAAUGUGAAUGUAUUUGUAUUUGACAGUUCCAGAUGUUUGAAUGACGUAUCAGAAACGGUUCUUAUUUCACUGCAUUUUUUUCCCUUCAGUUUUUUACCAUAAUGUAUUAAAUCUGAGAUUAACUUGUCAUUCAGUAAAACUUUUUACAAUAAACAUGAAAACAGAUUUGCUUUUUAAAAAUGAACUAUCGAUUGAAAUAUGGCUUUCACCGUUAUAAAAGGAAAGUCUCAGAAUAAGACCACACAAUUUGAAAAAUUACUGUCUCAUUAACAAAUCCUUAAUUAUUGAUUAUAGCCUGUUUUUAAUGCAUCACCUUUCUAUGCAGUUGUGUAAGCUCUCUUAAAGAUGAUUAAAAUGUUGAAGACAA